CGAUCAGGGAUGAGCGUCUGAGACUCUGCGGAAGUCGCUACGACAUAGCAACACCGUUCCACAUCCCGACUUUCAGCGAUGGCACCAUGGGUCUCAGCUAAAGCCAAGGUCCAGCUACGGAUGGCGGUACAGAGGCUACGUACUUUGCAAGAGAAGAAAGGAGCACAAGCCAAGGCCUCCAGGCGCGACAUCGCAGUACUUCUGGAGAAAGGAAAGCUCGAAACGGCCAGAAUCAAGGUUGAGAACAUUAUACACGAAGAUAUAUACGUCGAGCUUCUGGAACUGCUGGAGCUGUAUUGCGAAUUGCUGCAUGCACGGUUCGGACUUCUAGAUCAGAACACUGCAGAACCGGACCCGGGAGUCAGCGAAGGCGUGUGCAGCAUCAUAUAUGCGGCCCCUCACACAGAACUGAAAGAAUUGCACACUUUGCGAGACAUGUUGAUGCACAAGUAUGGGCGGGAUUUCGCAAUUGCCGUAAUGGAGAACCGUGACGGAUGCGUCAGUGAUCGUGUCGCGAAGAAGCUCGUUAUUGCUACUCCGUCGCCUUCUCUGGUAGAUGCCUACUUGGCAGAAAUAGCUAAAGGCUACGGGGUGAAGUGGUCACUCCCCACGCCAUCCAGCGGCGGCAACGACGACAGCGGAGAGGGCGGAGUUAAGAUCGCCGAGCCCGAGGAGGAGACGCUUGAGUCGCCCGUACCAGUAAAGGCGGCGACGAUCUCGGCGGAGGCAAGGAGUGCGGGCAUGCGAACUCCAAAAUUGCCAGACAUUCCGCCGGCGGAAGAUCGCAGUGUCUCCGAGGACAAGACGGCCAAGCCCUCAACACCUCCCUCGCCCGUUGAAGACGGGUUUGAAGCAUUGACAAAGCGCUUCGAGGCGCUGAAGAAGCGGUAGUUCUACGAGAUCUGUAGCAGGAUUUCUUUGUGGACUAGGUUUUCCCCAUCGAUGUAGCAUUGUAUUAUAGUAUCACCGCAGCUCUUCCAUGUGUAAUGAGGAAGCUAUAUACCUUGCGUUACUUUGUCC